AUGGUGGUGCGGCUUCGAUUAUCGAGAUUCGGAUGCAAAAAUCGACCAUUUUAUCGGGUUAUGGCCGCCGAUAGCAGAUCCCCUAGAGACGGGAAGCAUCUCGAGGUCUUGGGCUAUUUCAAUCCUUUGCCAGGCCAGGACGGUGGUAAGAGGAUGGGUCUGAAGUUUGAUCGAAUAAAGUACUGGCUAUCUGUUGGUGCUCAGCCAUCAGACCCGGUUCAGCGUCUCCUAUUCAGAUCCGGUUUACUCCCCCCUCCUCCAAUGGUAGCUAUGGGACGUAAAGGUGGAGAAAGAGAGAGUCGCCUGGUCGAUCCAAUGACUGGUCGCUAUGUGGAUGCAGAGAAAAAACCGGUAAACGAUAGCCAGCCUAAGGAAGAAGACAAUGCAGAGGACAAGAGUCCCUGA